GUUUGGUCCAUGAUUAAGUUUUAGCGGUCAAAAGAUUCUAUGUGGCCGCCGUAGAAACAUAUGAACCAGAGUAACAUUUGUGUUUUGGGCCGUGAAAACUGUUUACAUGUGUUGAACAUUCAGUUGUAAUUGAGGACUAAAUAAUCUCAUGGCUAAAGACAAAUCUGUGUCAAAACCGCCUAAAAGAAAGACACUGAGCCCAAAUGUCAAUGAGGUUCAUGUGGAAGAAAUGAUGGACACUAAAGUAAAGAAGAAAAGGAAAAAGAUAGAGGUAGAGGAGGCGCCUGUACAGAGUCCUCAUGUGACGAUCACAGGAGAUGAUACAAAACAGAAAAAGCAUAAGAAACACAAAAAGAAACACAUGGCAGAGCAGAUGGCAACACAAACUAAGAAAUCAGAUCCACCCCAUUGUCUGGGGAGGACAAACGAGGUGGAGGGAGAGGAGGACCUAAGCCCCGAGGAGAAGCGGGUCCUGGAGAGGAAGAUGAAGAAGAUCCUGAAAAAGGAGGAGAAGAAGAGGCUCAAGGCGGAGGGAGAGACUGAAAAGAAACCUGAAGCAUCUGGACCCAUUGCACCUCAGCAGGCCUUAGACUAUCUCACCUGCUGGGCCAACAACCGCACAGAGUGGAAGUUCCAGAAGACGAGGCAGACGUGGUUACUGCAGCACAUGUUUGACCCCCAACAGAUUCCAGAUGAGAAGUUCUCUGUGCUGCUCGAGUACCUGGAGGGGCUGCGCGGAGCAGCCAAAGACACCACAGUGCAGAAGGCCUUAGCUCUGGUUGAAGAGUCGGGACAAGCACCAGAGGACAAGGAUGUCCAGCAGAGGGCGCACAGAGCCAGAGAAGUUAUCCAGCUGCUCUCCUGAACCCACCACCAUCAAACAAAGGCAUGAAGCCCACCAGGAAAAGACUGAGACAUGUUGGUUGGUCAGUGGACUGAUCAAUCACCCUGGUGUCACACUAAAACAUGUUGUUUUUAUAUGUAGUGUUUUGGACUGGUCCUUCAGGGAAAGGAUGUGUUUUGAUUUAAUGACCAGUAUUGCUCACAUUUUUAAUUUAAAUGUGUCUAGGUUACUGUUUAUUCUCCAUUUCUUGACAUUCUCUGUGUUCAUUGUUGCCAGGUAGUAAUCAGUCACCAAAAUCAUUUACAUAAAAUAUGAAAUCUUACAAUGGGGUUGACUCCAUCUGCAUUCUUUUCCAGGUUAGCAAAUUUGGAAGUUUGCUAGCAAACAAUUCCCAAAGAAGGCUUGGUUCAGUCACGAACAUUAAGCAGGCAAGGGGUGGUUUAUAUGUAGAAACGUCAUCCUGCAGAAACCUCCGUCAGGUCACGUGGGAAAAUGUUUUUAGAAAGGCUUUGGAAAAUAGCAUUUUGGUGCUGCAACAUUCAUACUUUGAUGAAAUUUGCAAGUUCGGAUUUGAAUACAAAAGGAACACUACUGCUACAGCUACAAUAUUAUACAAGAAACCACAAAUAAAAAAUAAAUAAUGGGCCUGCCUUUUAAUUACUAUUCAAAGUUACGCUGCAGCUUUUUCCAGCUCCAAAUGUAAAGAAGUCUCAGUUUCACCUUUCUGGACAGAUGAGAAGAUGCAAAAGAAAUCUGAGAGACUGCUGGAGUUAAAAGUCUCAGGAAUGCUUGUAUUCGAGACAUGUUUGUGCGUGUCAAAGCCCAUAAUCUGUGAAGUCACUGAUGAAAAUAACUUUUCUCAUCCACUCAAGGUACAUCAGCAUGAUAAACAGUUUUGUUCCCCUCCUCCUUCCAGCCGAGUAGUUCAUGCUCCAUACAUGUGUGUUUGUGUUUAUUUACUUAUUUUUGAGGUUAAUGUAGACCCAUUCUGAAACUGUGGUUAUAAUCUCAUAGGAAUUUUGGAAUUUUUCUAUAUUAUUCAUAUAGCCAGGCAUUGUUGUGCCCAUAAUUAACAUCUCAUAAAUGCCCAAAACAGAUAUACAGUAGUUAUAGGAGCCAGUUCUGGCUGCAGGAUGGGGGAGAACGUUCGCCACCAGCACAUGUUCUGACCCUAACUCAGACGGUAAACUUAAAUGUCAAGACAAACAAACAACACAAUAAACCUAUAUUUACUAUUUUUUGCAUUACUGUUGCCUUUUGGUCCACAUAAAAAAAUGUCAGUUAUUUAUAAAUAACCUGCCCUAUUCAUUAAAACAACAAAAAAUCCAGUCAUACUGUUGUAGAUGUUUGCUGAUAGUGUCUGCAACUAGGCACAAGUC